AGCGACCCGAACCGCAAUAGACCAAAUCGGGUAGAAUAUAAACCCCAGCAUCCAACAUAAACCCUAGUAACAAUAGAAAGGGGAAAAGAUGACACAAAAGGCAAAUCUAUUCAAAGGGCAACAGAAGAAGCAAUCAGUACCCAGUCGACAUGGAAAAGUCCCCCAAAUUCGCAAAGGGAAGAGAGUUGUGAAACCCUCAAAGCACACAAAGCAGAUGGACGUCGAUCGGGAGUUGACAAAGUUUAUUAAUCACUGCAAUGAAGCAAAAGCAGCCACUUUUGCUACUAAGGAUGGUGGUCAAUUAUGUAUACUUAAAAAGCCCGAGUCCUCAAGUGGUGCAAAGAAGUGAAAGGGUGAUAACUGUGUUAGAGGAAUCAGUUGUAUAAACAAAAUGUUGACGUCAGUCUGUUUGCUAAGAGCUUUCUCUUCACUUUUGUAAGACCUAGUUACGAUUCUCUCUGUUUUUUUUUUUUUUUUAUUAUUAUUAUUUUUUUUAACUUGAGUUUUUUAUUUAUAAAUUUUGAAUCUAGGUUCAUUGUUGGUUUUUGUAAGAUCAGAAUUCUCUGAUUAGCCUGUACCUUGUUUAAGGAGCUUCAUAUCAAACGAGUCAAUCAGCAAACAA